AUGGUACAGGUACAUCCAGGCAAAGUUGCCUUCAUCACCGGCGCUGCCUCUGGCAUGGGCCAAGCGGUGUCCCGCGACCUGAUAAAGAAAGGAUGGACGAUCGCGGUGAUCGAUCUCGACCGCAAGACCGGCGCCGCUGCUGCCAAAGAGUACGGCGGCAUCUUCAUCCCCACCAACGUCUUUGUGUGGGAAUCCAUUCUCAGCGCCUUUGAAAGAGUGUGGGAUACAUAUGGACGCAUUGACUUUGGUAAGGAAACCAAACCGAAAUAG